AGUAUUCCAGUAUUCUCGAGGCACCGAGGAUCCAUCACGUCAUCCAUCCCGAACGAUCGAUCGACGUGUUGUGUUGUCUGUGGUGUGUGAAUCGACGCGACGACGAACGGACUGAAGACAGCUUGAAACGGGAUGUCUUACGAAAUGAAUAGUCUCUUCUCGUCGAAUCAGCAACCACUCGGAGGGGGACCACCACCUCAACAACAAUCACAGCAGCAGCAACAGCCACCACAGUCGUUAUGGUCACUCCAACAGUUUUCGCAGAUGGGAGCCCCGGACAACUUUGGGAACCACGCGGUCCCAUUCAUGCCAACACUCGGAAUGCUGAAUCAGUACCAGAACCCACAUCCACUUCAGAUGGUCCCUCCACAGCCUCUCGUCACUCCAUCCCAAGUCCUUCCACCGUCUAUGGCUGAACAACAGAGAGCCGACACCAUCCAUGGAUUCGGAGUGUUGACUUGGUUGUCUGCCAAGGCUGGUCUGAUCACUUGCAAGGACAAGAUGAUCAUCUCGUUCCAGCUCAAGGACUUUUGUGAUCAGAUGCUCAAUGACUUGACUUCCGUGCUUCGUGUUGGUUUCACAUUGUCGUUCCACGCUGCACUCAAUGAGACAAGCGAGUACACCGCCACCAUUGUCUCACCAAUCUAUGGUCCCGAUGCUGAUGUUCUCUUUGCAAACUCCCAAGAAGUCGACCUAGAGGCGGCAAAUCCAACUCCACCAAACUCGAAGGAUGCCUACUCGCCGGCUCUCGAGCAGAAGGCGAUUCCAGCUCUCUUGGCAAUUUUCCAACGCCACGGAUUGCAGCAGAUUCAGCUGAGCAGCCUUCACUCUCAAAUGUCCAACUGUGGGGAUGAUGAGCUAUUCCGUUAUGUUGGCACAUCAUCGUUGAAGCGUCGUCAAUUCGUGGAGCGUCGUACUCAUCUCUUCCGUCUUCAAAAUGAUGACUCCAUCAUUCUUCAGUAUCCAGCAGUGUAUCAAGCUGUCUACCAAUUGGCAUCCUAUCUUCUCCGUCGUGGUGGAGCCACAUCAAUCCAGUCGCUGUUCGACUACUACGGUAGCCCAGACAUCAUGCCAGAAGUUCGUAGCCAUACUGGAGAAGGACGUCAGGACUUCCUCAACCUGCUGACUGCUCACAACUGGGUCUUUGCUCUGUUCCCCAACCGCACCUAUGUCUCUGUUCGUCGCAAUCUGCCAAACUAUGACUAUGUCGGAUUCAUCAAGCAGCACUUCCAAGAAAUGGAUAUUACUCGUUCCCAGCAGAUGGCUUACGGACAGCCACCACGUGGAAUUCAGAGAACCAUGUCGGCUCAGAUGGGCAGCUCGUUCGCCACUGGAAGACCACAGAAUUUGCUCAUGCAGCAUCAGCACGCCAUGACUCCAGCAGCGACCCGCUCGGGCUCCCUCUGGGACUCUCAAUCUUCCCUCUCUCAAAGCGGAAACAGUGGAGACCAAUGGAGCCCUCUCUUCUCCCCAAGCACCUGGUCGAACAACACCAACGCGAAUCCACGUCUCACUUCUCUUACUCCGUUGAGCUCGAUGAACGAGACGCUUCUCUCGGGAGUCAACUACAACUCGUUGCUCGCCAUGCCGCCAAGCGCCAAGAACGAGAGAAGCAUUGGUGUUCAGGCUGAUGACUUUUUGGAUCGUAUGUCUUACAAUCCAAUUGGACGUACCGGAUGCACUUGUCAGUGCCAGUGUGGAAGAGGUGGAGCUGCGAUCAUUGGAAACACUCGUGGAUCCUCUUCCAGAGCUUCUGGAGGAUCGGCAAGCCCACCAAGUGCUGACGGUGCCAGCCAGAUUGAUCGUUUCUCGCCAUCCAAUCAUGCCGGAUCAAUUGGAGACCGUACUCUUACCGCCGCGGCUCUCGGUGUCGGCCUAGUCGACCAACAGCCAGCAGCCCCAAACCACGAUGGUAGUGCUAACCAACCUCAGCGCUACUAUGACCCUUUCGGAACCGCCGACUUGCUCAACGGCACCCGUUUGAACUCACUCCGUAUUGGUAACUGAGUGAUUGUACAUACCAAAUUUCUUUGUCAUACUUCAUACCCCAUUUUUGAUGUUCUUUCGUUUUUUGCUUUUCACCGAGUCUAAACCACACACAUAUUCACACGCAGUAAUUCUAAGUCCCCACCCAACUCAUCAUCAAUCUCUGUUCUCAAAAAAUGUUUCUUUCCCUGUUUUUUUCCCUUGAAAAAGUCAUCCCAUUCACACUCCUCUUCCUCUUCCUCCCUCAUUCAAACAUGUAAUUUUAUAGCCGAACGGGUUAGUCAAAGACGCUUGUGCUAUAAUAUGAGAUACUUAUCAAAAUGUUUUUUUUCCGGCAAACCUGGAAACAAGUCGCGUAGAACUUUAUCGUUCGGGUUUCGUGUUUUCUGGUGAUUUAGUCAGUCUUUUUUUUAUUUACUGUUUCUGAAAACACAUUUUAAAUUUCAAAUUUCAAACCCCCAUUUCACUUACACGUUUUUGUCUUGCCUUCACUUUUUCUAAGUUCCCCAAAACAAUUUUUUUUGCAAAACCUACUCUCUGUGAUUCCAUUAUAGGCAAUUUGAUAGAUAGUGUUACUUACUAGUCAUUCUCUUUUUUUCUCUCUCUCACUCACUCAAAAAAAGCUGUGUUACAAGUGCAAAACUCCUCCACUCCAACUCUGGGAUCCCAAUUUAACAAAAAUUCUUGUAUUUUCAUUCAAAAUAAUUCGGUAAUUCUAUGUCUCUCGCUCUCUCCCUUAAAACAGUGAUUUUGGUGCAUUCAUUCAGGUAUUUUCACACUCUUUGAUCGAUUCACACCCACACCCACACACACCACUCCCAUUUCUGUCGCAACCCUGUUACGUGUAAAAAUUUGCAACCAUCCGAAUAUACAUCUAUUGUAAACCUGUAAAACCCUACCACAACCCCCCGUACCGUAGAAAUUUCAAAAUUAGUACUACUUUGGAAAGCGCGACCCGGGAAGCGUCGGCUGCAACACACAGAGCGUUGCUGAGGCUAUAGCUGUGAUGCGCGCAACUCGGAAAGUGUCGGCUGCAGCACACGGAGUGUGAGAGCAGUUUUCCAUAGUAGUUCUUCCCUUAAAACAUUUUAAAAAAGUAAAAAUCUUCCAAAAAAAAAUUAGUCAACUAAAUUAGUAGUUUGAUGAGCUCUGGUCUUCCUCCAUUCACCUCUCUCAUUCACACUCUCUCUCUCUCACCUUCUCUCUAUGUCUUUCCGUCUCUUGAACACUGUACGCGUCUCAAUUUCCAAUGAUCUGUUUCCCCCCAAAAAAUAUUUGUCGAGGCUAUUACCCCCUUUUUUAUUUUUAUUUUAAUGUUUCAAUAUAUCUUUAAAAUCCACCACCAUCCUUUGCAAUAUUAUCUUUAAAUAUCACCUUUUUCCAUACCAUGUUUGCCUUUUCAACUCCCCUUACUUUUUUACAAGUUGGCUCUCACUCGUUCAUUUCUCACCCCCUGUUUGGUACCUGUUUAAACGAAAGUGUCCUUUUCUCUCAACACAAACCACUGCAACUAAAAACCCCAACCCAUUCACUCGAGUUUUCCACGAUUGCACACGAUUUUUAAUUUGUGUAUCAUAAUGAUUUGAUUGUCGGAAUUCUUUUUUUUUCAAAUGUUUCUCAUUAUUUUAAUAAAACCCCACAAAAUCGGA